GGAAGCGGAGUUUCCGGCUGACUGCUGCGGAGGGAGAGGACUGCUAACGCCGUGAAACCCCGAGAUAAAACGCCGUCGGCUGGGGGGGGGGGGCUUACAUACUUAAGCAUUUCUAGUGGUCGUUUUCUUUCAUAUCGGGGCAUCUGGGGGUAGGUGAUAUAUUUUUUUUUACGGGAGGGGGUCGGGCAGCAAACCGAGCUAAGUAGCGACACAAGGCGGGGGUGAGCCACUAGCUACCGGCAUGGCCAGGGACUACGAUUACCUCUUCAAACUGCUCAUCAUCGGUGACAGCGGAGUCGGGAAGAGCAGUCUUCUCCUGCGAUUUGCAGACAACACAUUUUCAGGCAGCUAUAUCACCACAAUUGGGGUGGACUUUAAGAUACGGACAGUGGAGAUCAAUGGGGAGAAGGUGAAGCUACAGAUCUGGGAUACAGCAGGGCAGGAGCGCUUUCGCACCAUCACCUCCACAUACUACAGGGGAACACAUGGGGUCAUAGUGGUAUACGACGUCACGAGUGCUGAGUCCUUCGUCAACGUCAAACGAUGGUUACAUGAAAUCAACCAGAACUGUGACGAUGUGUGUCGAAUAUUAGUUGGAAACAAGAACGACGACCCCAACUCCAAGGUAGUCGAGACAACUGACGCGCAGAAGUUUGCUGAGCAGAUGGGAAUCAACCUGUUUGAGACGAGUGCAAAAGAAAACAUCAAUGUUGAAGAGAUGUUCAACUGCAUCACAGAGCUAGUGCUAAGAGCCAAAAAGGAGGUGCUAGCCAAGCAGCAGCAGCAGCAACAGAACGACGUGGUCAAACUCACUCGGAACAGUAAACGAAAGAAAAAGUGCUGCUAGCAAACUCGAAGCCAUCCACAAAAGGCCAGCGGCAUCUUUUCUUCACACAUACACAUGCACACACAAUGGGACUCCGAGCAUCUAAAUUAAAGAGCAGAUUAAAAUUUAAUAAAUAUACAGUGAUAUAUACAAAAAUAUACAAAAAAAAUGGAACAAAAUGUCCCUUUUGGACAGACUAAUCAAGGAGACUGUAAAAAAAAUGUCUACAGGUUUUAUCAGCGACAGAUCAAGUUUUAUUUAGAAUUCAGCAGAUGGAUACGAUUGACCCGAGGUCCUCGUUUCUUAAAGGAUCUGCAAGCUGACAACUGACUGCCAUAUCUCCAAGAUUUAUAUCUACAUAAUCUGCAUAUUCUUCCAUCAGUCUCAUCUCUCCUUCUCAUUCCACUGCACAUGGGACAUACAGAGUCGAGUCAGACUCUGCGCCUGAGGAGAAGGAAGACUCGCCUCUUUUGGAUUUGUUUCUUUCUAGUUUUAUUUUUUGGGGGAGGGGUGGGUUGGGGCUGCCUGUUUGGUCAGGUGCUCUUUGGAACAGGCACCUGGGUGAAAGCCUAGGUCUCACCACCUCUGCAGUUUCUGCCUUUCAGACACUGGUGUUUACGUGGCUCACGCCAACAGAUCGAUGACUGCCAGGUUUUGUUUUGACUUGAUGGGGAAAAGGAAAUCACAUGGAUGGUGAUGAUGAUUGGUAGACAACCUCUAAUCUGAUGGACAGAACUGGUGACUUCCCAUUAUUUCUCUUUGUCUGCUUUUGCCAAGCUUCCAACCCUCUCCCCUCUAACCUCCAGUAGUGCUGAGCCAACAAUAAUUGAUUUUUCUAUUUUCUUUUUGUCUUUGUGUUGAAGUGCAGCAGAGCAGAUGAUCUACUCCUUGCGCUCUUGGACGUUCAGCUCUGACUGCAUCGGUCACUGCAGUCUUACUAUGCUAUCAAAGUUUGCUUUUAAAACCUUUUCCUCCACCUUAAAAAAACAACAACAAAAGUGAUACUGCCAAUGUAGUAGAAAAAAAUAGCAGGCGCUCAGUGUCUCCUCUCAUUGGAAUGUUGCCGUAGUGACCCCUGGUUGCCCAAGAGGUGGGGUGAAUCAGAGUCUGAUUGGAUCCUGUUGAGUCCUCAGGAAGUGCCCAGGACUCUCUCUGAUUCUACGUUUCUGCAGCCACCAGCCUUCAUUUACCCAACACCCACAUAUCGCCACCUCUCACAGCAAUGGACUAACUUCCUGUAAUUGGUCACUGACUGGGAUUGAGGACGCUGUUACUUUGGAAACAGACCCCUCUGAGUCAUUCAAUCUACAGCAGAAUUUUUGCUCUUGGUUUUUGUGCAUGUAACACUUUAUUUGAAUGGUAUUUAAAAGGUUUUGCCUGACAUGCAUUUAAACUGUCAAGGACUUACUGUUUCCUCAGUUUGCAGAAUAUUCUUAACAGUUAACUGGUGUCAAAAGUCUGAUGUCAAGUUUUAUUUUUUCUGCUCUUCUCUGUCACAAAGUCCCCGGCUACCUGUUCAACUGAAGUGUUACUGGACCGUGUUUACCGUUACCGUGUUUUCUGCAUCCACGAAGAGAGUGUGGCAAAGUGUGGGACUAUUAUUGUAAGAACACAUGGGGAUGAACUGCAGCACUGGAUCUCAAGUGUGUUCAGGCCUGAGCUCCUCUCCCUCUUCACAUGCACCACCAGGGUUCGUCCCACAACCAACACAUUAUACAUCUAUAACAAAUGUUUUUGAUUUUGGGAGGGUAAUAAAUGAAGAGAAAGCUUUAGGCACCGGCCAAGAUUCUGUUGGAAAUAGCAGUUUAGUUUUCAUCUUCUCGGCAGACUCUGGAAGGCAGUGUGGGAUCCUGAUGAACGUCGCAAGGUCACUGUGACCUCCAUGGCCCAGAAAUGGUAUAAAAUCUCACACUUGAGAUUGAUUUCUGUUUAUUAUGUGUAUGUAUAUAUAAAUAUAUUUGUGUGUUUAUAUUCAAUAUAGAACAUACACACAUAAUUAGCACACCAAAUUGCGCAUGUGUCAGACAUGCCCGUGUGCUGUGUUUAAACACACUCAUCAGCUGUGGUUUGCUGUACACUGGAGAAAAAGAGAUGUACUAUUCAUUUUUCCCUACAUGAAUUUAAUCAGUAAUAAACAUUUUAAAAGAAUAAAUAUUUGACACAA